GCGCACAAGAGCUAAACGCAUUCAUUUAUUCCUUUAAUCGUCGGUUCUGAAUUGCGUCGUGCAAGUCAUGAUAUGCGUGAGAUGUACAGCGGCAUUUAACAAUUGCUUCAGAAAACUUUAAAGACUCGACAGAAAUGGCAGAGACACAGAGCGACUGCAUAUACAAUUCAAUAAUCAUGUAUUACGAAGAACGGGCAAAAAAAUGCCAGACAUUUCUACAUCAUCCCACUGUUCGUACGUGUAUCCACAAAUUUAGGGAGCAACUCGCUCAAAAUCCAUUUCUCCAAAUGGCCGUUUUUAUCGCUAUAAUGUCGCUAUUGACACCCAUCCUCUUAUUCAUUAUGUUUGCUAUUGCCAGCACUGUAUUUAUAUUUAUUGGCUUUAUGAUGGUUCAAGUGACAGUAUUGGCUAUUGGCGCGAGUAUUUUAAGCUGCGUACUUUUCUGCAUCGCAAGUACUAUUACAAUGAUAGGAUUAUUUAUCAUUUUUGUCUAUUACACAUUAUAUUAUACAAACCACACGUUCAAUCUUUUAAUAUCUAGUACAACUUGAUAGUUAUGUAUCAAGACUGUUACACUUAAUAAAAAUUAAUUUAAAAAAAUAAAAAA